AUGUCGAAUACGUCCUUGCUUCAGGGUCCUCCUGCCACAUCAGGCUCUUCUCCUUCAACCGUGUCGCCUUUGCCAACACCAACUGACGCCUCUCUCGUGCCGACUAACAACUCCCUCCACCACCGUCUGCCAAUGCCGCGCACUCCGCCCCGCAAUACUGUCGUCAGCUCCCGCAAACCAGGACUCACCUCUCCGAUGCGCUACGACGACUUCAUGCGCGCCUUUCUUCCCGACAUGUCGUCGCCUACGCUGUCCAGCGAAACCGUGAGCGAUGGCAAGGGUGCGCUGUCAGAUGCAACGCGUACUCGCCGCGCUCUAUCUACGAACGAAGAGACUCGAGACGGGGAGAGCAACGAGGACGAUGAUAUGCCUGCUCUUGACGAUGACGAAGAGGAUGAUGAAGCUGGUGUGGUCGGGGCGAGUGAGCCAUCCAAGCAAGACGUACACAGCUCUCACCUCAACCACAACCUCUCCAAAGUUCGCGCGGAGGACGUCCCCGCAGACAAGCGUACAAUGGAUGCGAUCUCUAGCGGUAGCUCCGACGCCGGGUCUGAGCGCGACGAGCUUUCCGAUGACGAGGACGUGAAUGAGGCGGACGUGCCGGAUAAUGAUUCUGCUGCACCUGCGGAGGCGUACGAGGCAAUCCUUGCGCUUGCUGAAGCUCGUGUGAGUAGCCGUAGCGCCAGCCCACGCGAUGUGGCGGAGAAGAAUGAAGAUGCUUGCAAGCGCGAGCGCGGCGCUCAGUGA